GGCUCUUACUUUUAGAACCAACCAAUCAACGCAGAGUAUUGAUAAGACGAACUCAACAGUUGUGUCUGCUGAAUGCGGCCUAUAUUUUUUCGUCUAUAUUCUAUAACGUAUAGACGUAUUAUCAGACGUCACUUGCAAUGAAGUCGUGCGAUCGGUUGUCUACUUCACACUUGGUGCGAGCAAGGAUGUGUAGCUCCUUAAGAACGCAUCGGAGGAUAUUAUAAUAAAAUUGUUACAUUAUUGGUAUCCGUUUAUCAAGCUAAAUUUACGUAAAAACGAUUACAAAGGUAUUACUUGAAAUUAUGUCUUAACUACGGAAUAACAAUAAAUGUUCGAGUAUGUAUGCUCUUCGUAGGAAGAUCUUGAAUUUUGUUCUUAUACUUAAUUUCAUCAUGUUGCACCUCAAUUACAAGAAAAUACGAGUCAUCGAUGAUGAAGUAGAAGACAUGGAUAUUAUUAAAGACUUAGUUAAAAGCGAAAAGUUGGAAGAUACUUUUUAUAUCGCGGAUAUUGGUGGUGUUAUUAAGAAACAUCAAGAAUAAUGGAUUAGCAAAAUGCCUAACGUUUCUAUUGCUGCAUUAUGUAUAUUUACGAAAUGUAACUAUUUCAAUAAAAGUUUGUGUCACUCUUUUUUUCAAAUUUCAGCGAUUAAAUGCAAUUCAAAUGCGACAGUAAUCAAAGUUCUGGCGACUUUAAAUGCCUGUUUUGAUUGUGAAUCAAAGGAAGAAAUAGCGCAAGUAAGGAAACACAAGGUGCAAGGUGAGCGAAUCAUUUUCGCGAAUCCAAAUAAAUUGCCGUCUCAUAUCAAAUACGCCAAAGAACAGGGUGUUGCACAGAUGACGGUUGACAACGAGAUUGAAUUGAUAAAAAUUAAGGAGCUUUUCCCGGAUUAUGCUUAAAAACACUGAUGAUGAACAUUAAUUGAUAAUAUUGACUUAUUGUUAGAUAAUUAUAGCUAGGUAAGGAAAUAAGCGUAAAUUUUACUUCAACAGAAGCUUAAUUCAAGCUUGAUCAUCAAACAGUUAAUGCCCAAAAUUAAAAGUUGCGCGCAAGAGAGUCAAUGAAUCUAUAAUAAAGAAAAAAAAACGAUGCAA